AUGGAAUACUUCUAUUCAUUCCUUCUAUUGUUGACAUGUUUUUCUUCGAUGAACGCGCAAAGCUUUACACAGGAAAGUCCAUACAUGUUAAUUCGAUUAAUGGAUCUUAAAACACAUGAAUGGAAACCUAAGAUGCUUGACGAAUUUGAAAAAGUUCUCGACUCUGAAUUGAAGUACAGCGACGAGAAGAAAGGUGUAGCAUGUCAGUCAAUCGAUUUUGAACAGGAAGCUGGAUACCCAAAGCAAGAUGCUCGCUUUCUCGAUUUGAGUAUUCGGGGCCUCUGUACUGAUGUAUAUGGUAAAGUUCAUGAUAUUGAUAAAGGAUUAAUGACUGUUGCUAUUGAACGACAUGUCGAUGAAGUUAGAGCUGCAACAGGAGCAACGCUUUACAAAGUUGGUAAUGUUCAGUUUUUCAAACGUGAUCGCAAUCAAUUGAAUUUCAUUAUCAUCCCAAUUUCCUUGGGAUUGGUAACACUUCUUUUUGUGUUAACCUUUGUUCUACGGCAAUUAAGAUACAAACAAAAACGCCGUCAUAUUCUCAACGAAUUACAAAAGAAGAAAGACGCUGGCGAUAAAAAAUCUCAAACAAUCGCUAAUGUUGAUCCACAUGCGAAUGAAAAACAACGUCUUUUACAACUCGAUCCAACCGUUGUUGGCAGUGCAUCGGAUACAUUAGGUAGUCCAAAAGAUUUCACCAACGAACAGUAUCCAAGUUCAGGUCGAAGUAAUCGAGGCUCGGAAAGAAGUUCACCUUCACGAGAUAAUCGACAAGGUUAUAAUGAUUCAUCUUUUCAAAACCAACGUUCACUUCGAACAAGUCGAGAACGAAUGCAACCGCCUUAUGACAGCGAACAGGGAGACAUGAUACCCAUGCGAGAACAACAACCUCGAACAGUUAUACGAACAAUUCGUGAUGAUGGAAGUCAACCGUACUAUCAACGGAACGACGAUCCGUCAGUGAACUUUGUCCCGAUACCCGUACAAGUAGAACGAAGUGGUCCUCAACAGAGACAUGUACCAGCACCGUACCAUUCGGAUCCCUAUUAUCGACAUGAGAAUUCCUAA